GAGCAUAUUUUGGGAGUUGCCAUAUUGGAAGGAUAAUCUUCUUCGACAUAAUCUUGAUGUCAUGCACAUUGAAAAAAAUUACUUUGAUAAUUUGUUUAACACAGUGAUGGAUGUGAAGGACAAGACCAAAGAUAAUGUUAAGGCUAGAAUGGACUUGCCUGAGUAUUGUCGACGAAAAGAGUUAGAGUUGCAGCCGAAACAAAACAGGUUCUUCAAGACUAAGGCUAGCUAUUCUUUCACAACCGAGCAGAAGCAUAAGAUUUGUGAGUGGGUCCGGGACUUGAAGAUGCCAGAUGGGCAUGCAUCAAAUUUUAGAACACGUGUUGAUCUAGACCAAGGGAGGAUACAGGGAUGAAAAGUCAUGAUCGUCAUGUUUUCAUGGAAACCUUACUCCCAAUUGCAUUUAGUGGCUUGCCUGAACGAAUCUGGAAACCUAUGACAGAAAUUAGUUUGUUCUUCAAAGACUUGUGUUCCAGUACGUUGAGGGAAGAUAACCUUUCUCGGAUGGAUUAUAAUAUUGUUGUUAUCACAAACAAGUUGGAGAAGAUUCUUCCUUCGGGGUUCUUUGAUGUGAUGGAACAUGUUGUCGUUCACCUUGUAUACGAAGCCCGACUCAGAGGCCCAGUACAAUAUAGGUGGAUGUAUCCUUUCGAGAGGUGUAUUGGUAAGUUAAAAAGGGCUAUCAAACAGAAAUCGAAAGUGGAAGGCUCAAUGUGCGAAGUUUACCUUGCCAAGGAAACAUCUCAUUUCUGUUCUUACUACUUUGGGAACGAUGUGGCAUGUUUGAGAAACAGCCUAAUCGACACUAUGACGGGGGUGUGAAUAAU